UAUACUCAUAGACGGAGCUUGCUAGUAGUUCCCGCAGUGAGAAUAGGGUGCGCUGCACAUGUUGUUGAACACUUCUGCGCAUGCUCAAUCAACAAACCAGGUGGUGUAGCCUCUUAUUUACUGUUUGGUGUUUACAUUAUGCUGUGUAGCUGAUAUGCUAUCAUCGUUUCGUAAUUUUAAUUUUUAUUACUAAUUCAGUAAUUCAGUAAUUCGUAUUCUGGUGUGUAAGCAUAAAUCUAGUUUUGUCUACUACUAAACUGUAAACUGUUAAAAGUUUUAACUGUGUUGUAAAAAUGUCCCGAAAAUGUGUUGUUUGCAAACAAUUUUAUUCUAAGGAAUCAGAGAAAUCAUUUCAUUCUUUUCCUAAAAAUGAAGGUCGGAAGCAACUGUGGUUAAAAGCAUGUAAUAUGAAAUUGUACUUGCCAUCUUACAAGAUAUGUGGUGAUCACUUUUUGCCUGAAAAUUACCUACCUAGCGGUUAUCUAAAAAAUAAUGCUGUUCCAUUCCUCUCAUCUACAAAACGUUCAGAUAUUGAUCCUUUGGAGUACCACUGCACUUCCAGUCUUUCUCCAAGUCCUAUGAAACCCUUAUGCGUUGAAUCCAUAGUUUCUACGAGUACAAGUAUAUAUCAAUAUAUUUAUUAUCAAACAUUAUUUUCAUACAUAUCAUUAGUCUUAAUGUAUUAAUUAAAAUUUUUUCAUUU